AUGGUCAAGCGCGGCUACAUUACGCCUGUCGGUAUGGACCUUUACAUUAAGAAAGAUUUCUUUCAAAUUAGUAGUUUUAAGGAACAUGGUACCCGAAACGCUCUACUGCACCUCAACGACGUACAGAAGCGUACAGGUGUCAUAUCGGUCUCCUUGGACAAUCACGCCCUGGUUCGAUGCUAUCACAGAAAAGAAUUGCAGAUACCUGUGACGGUGGUGAUGUCGGUAGUAGCUCCGAUAAUGAAGAUUACGGCGUGUCGGCAGUACGAUGCGAACGUGAUUGUCGAUGGCAACGACAUAGGAGAGGCAAAGACAAUCGCUUUGACACAGGAAAAGGAGAAGGGUUUAGUCUAUAUCAAUGGAUGAGUAAAUAAUACCUCUAAAAGAGUAAUAGUGUCUAUCUAACUUAUACCUUAAAAAUAUUUUUCAUGAAUUCUCUCUCCCUAUUUCUGACUACGAUAAAUUCAAUUUGAAUCCGCAAAAAUUAGCGGCUCUUUUCAGGACACGAUGCUCGGCAGUUUAUAUAAAAUUUAGAUAUAAUGUCGAGCAGCUAAAAGUGAGAAAAAUAUAUAUAUUUUUUUAUAAGUGUUUUCUUGUACGAUUUGAGGGUGGAAGCAAUCUUGCGGAGUUUAUUUCAUAUAUCUGAUAAUGAAUAUAUAUAUAAUAGGAUUAUAUUUCUUAAAAAAAUUUUUAAAAAUAAUAUUCGACUUAUUGUUUAAUAAUUUAAAUCUCUCUUAUUGUUAUACAUUGUGUUUCUUGUGUUCCUGCCGGUAAAUGGUAAUAUCUACUCAUUUUAUGCUUCAUAUAUAGUAUAUAUCUGUACUAGAGAUGGGACAUCGAACAGAAAUAUUCGAUUAUACGCUAUAAUCGGUAUCGGUAUCGCUCAUCUCUAGUCUGUACAUAUUUGUUAUAUUAUAUUACGUGUUUCUCUAUAUGUUCAAAAUUUAUUCGAAUUACCUAUUCUAUUUGAAAACAAAUAUUUUUUUUUUCUGUCCCUUGUAUCGGUUACAUUUUAAAUUGACAACAGAAGUCGACCAAGACACACUCAGGAACAUAUAAACAUUUUAUUAUUGUCCUUCGAACAAUCGUUGCAACAACAUCCAUACAACGAGAAUUGAAAAAAUCUUAUUAUUGAGAUUCAGCUUAAGCAUGAUUUCUCGCAUUAUUUCUUGUGAUAUUAUAUAGAAAGUACUCAGAAACUUCAUCAAACGAACGCAUCGGUAUGAACCCAAACACACAAAUAUUUGAAUAUCAUGGACCACGGAGAGCUAAAUAUUAUAAUCAGUUUUUCAAUCCAAAUAUUUGUCAUGUCUGCAAAGCGGUAGACGAAGAUAAUUUGAUACUAUGUGAUGAGUGCUGCUUGAUUUCUUAUUGCAACAACAAUCAUAAAAUGCUACACUACAAAGAACACGCUCAUAUUUGCAAAAUUGUAGCACAGAUUUUGAAGAUGAAACCGCAAAAUGACACGCGCAGAUUCGCCAGCUGGGAAAUAUGGUUCGUAAAAAGGAGGAAUAUUAUGGAAUCAGCCGAAGAGACUUUUGGCAGUCCAAUAGAGAUGUACGUGAAACAAAUGAUCAUGUGGUCAAAAACAUGUGUUAUUUGUUAUCAACAGGCCGAACUUCGAGCUUGUCAAAAAUGCUUUUCCGCUAAUUUUUGCAAUGAACACGCGGAAGCUUUUGGCAAGAAACAUGAUGGAAACACGUGCGAACUAUUGACGCGAUUGCUGAAUAUAAAUAUCGAAACUAUUUCUGGCACAAUGACUGAUAUAUCGUAUAAAUUUCUUUCGAGGGUAAAAGAUACACGUGUAAACGAGAUGCUCGAAUUUUACAUGGAAUAUGUAUUAAUAUCAAGAGACGAUGUAAACUGGCUUGCAAAAGAUUAUGUUUUGUCUGAUUACCUUUCAGGACCAUUGUCAAUCUACUAUGAACUCGAAAGGAUAUAUGAUUAUAAAACUUUUAAUGUUUUACAUCAGCGAUUAGUUGUUAUUCAUAUUAUAGCCGCAAACUCUGUGGAUAGACAUGGUUUACCGGCUUGGGAAGUUUUGUUACACCUUAUACCGGAAAUGCGUGAUCUAAGAAUUAUGAUGAUAGGACCAGAAUUACAGACGGAAUUUUAUCAUGAUAUUUGUAAUGAUUGCCAAAAGAAAGGAAAAAGAAUUAAUUUUUAUUUUACACGUAUGUUAUAUCAUGAUUAUAUACAUACGGUUAGAAGUUAUGAGUUACCAGAUGUGAUCGUAGGAUUUGAAGUGAAACUUGAUAAAACGCAGACAUGGUCCGAAUGUAUAAGAGUAAUACAGAAUUUUCUUUGUCCAUUAAUUUUAAGCGCUAAAUGCCAAGAGGAAGUUGAUAAUGACAGGCUUGCUAUUGAACAUGCCCUAAAUGUAGCUGUAGUACCUAUUGUUAAGAAAAAUUAUUUUGCUGGUCUUGCACCACACAAAGAUUUAAUGUCUGGUAUUAUACGUUUUCGUAACCAAUAUUUAAGUACAUACAAAAGUUUAAUAGAUUUUGACAGUGUAAGUGAUCUUGAACUAAUGCAAUCAAUUCCCGGCCCUUCUAGCUGCUAGGGCCAGCAGCUCAUUGUAAAGAGGAUAUGAAUUAAAAUGUUUGUUAACGUAAAUUAAUUAUAAAUAUUUUAAAUAAAGAUUAUAUUUCCUUAA